AUGAACAUCUUGCUCAUUUUGACUCUCGCGCUCACAGCUCAAGCCUAUCCGCACAGAAGCAGAAGCAAAAAAGAAAUUCGCAAAACAAACGAUUGCGUCGAUCCCGAAUCACUCUCAAUUCGACAAUUGAAGAAAUUGCUCAAGAAAAAGCGCCGAGAUGCCCGCCGCCUCCGAACCCCAGCUGUACAAUAUUGGCCUGAUCAGAGCAUUGACCCGUACUUCGAACCCAGUUUGGACAAUGAAUUUGAAUUCCUCCACGACUACCCCAAUGAUCAGCCCGUCCGAUUCGACUUCACUGGCGACAUUGUCGGCUAA